UCUAGAAGGUCGCGGGAAGUAACGGACCCAAUUUGAAGAGAUGUUAUUUGGUAUAAAAACACAUGUUUCGUGGUUUGUAAUGCAUUCGAAACAAAAGUGAGAUACAGACAACACUGUAAAAUAGCAUCAUGGCUUUCAAAUUUGUUCUACUCGCUACUCUGGUAGCAGCUGCCAGCGCAGGACUCAUUCCAGAGCACGGAUAUGCUACUUCUCAUCAGAUCUCCAACAUCCAGCAUCAUGCUCCAUCUCUACAUCAUAUUGCUCCAGUUCAGCAUAUUGCUCCAGUUCAUCAUGUGGCCGCUAUUCAUUCUGCUCCACACCAUCACACUAUCGUGAAGGAAGUCGAACACCACGCUCCAGCCAACUAUGAAUUCUCGUACUCUGUUCAUGAUGACCAUACCGGAGAUAUCAAGAGCCAGCAUGAAACUCGCCACGGAGAUGAGGUUCAUGGACAGUACAGUCUUCUGGAUUCGGAUGGUCACCACCGCAUUGUUGACUAUCAUGCUGAUCAUCACUCCGGAUUCAACGCCGUUGUCCGUCGUGAACCAACCAACGUCAAGAUUGCCCAGCCAGUGCACAAAGUGAUCGCUCAACCAAUCCAUUUGGCCUCUCAUCACGCUGUUGCUCCUCUGUCCCACGCCACCAUCUCGCAUCAUGCCGCUCCGGUGGCUCACAUCAGCCAUGCUGCUCCUAUUGCCCAUAUCUCGCACCAUUCAGCUCCAUUGGUCCACACUUCGUUGUCGCAUAUUGCCCCAAUUGCCUACCAAAGCCAUGGACAUCUGUCUUCAAACCAUCUGAAUCUUCAUCACUACUAGAAAAAGUAAACAACAACCAGAAAAUCACAAUUAGGAACCUGAUUAUUGUAUCUAGUAAAAAAGAAAUGAAAUAAAAGUAGAAAUCAUUCAAAA